GGACUUCUGCGUGAUGCUCCGGGUGUCCUUCCAGCCGAGGCACUCUGGAGAAUUAGGGCAGCUUGUGGCUCUUAAAGGCUCAUUUACCCUGCUGAGCAAUACUGCUGUCACACUGCCGUCAUUCAUCGCUACCCGUAACCCGGUCGCUGGAGCCUCGGCGAGACCCUCGGCUUGAGAAACGACAGCAUUCGUCACCGGAGACAGUGCUGGGGCUCGUGGUGAAGCAGUCGGCUCGUGAUUUGGUGGAUUUGUUGGGAGAGAACAGCAGGCAGAGCUGGUGGGCGGAAGACUCCGGUAACAGAAUGGAUUUUUGAUUGAAAUGACCUUGCUGCCCGUGGACCUUCGAGUGGGUGGUAGAAACUGCAAGCCUUCCAAGAUAUUCUUUUUUUUCUUGAGAUAUUACAUAAGAUCUUAGUAUUGAAACUCUGAAAGAUACUUUCUGCUUCUUACACAAGACAUUUUUGCCUGUUUUUACCUCCUCAACAUUGUCGAUUUGAGAACUUCUCGAGAACCUUUUGUAGGUUCUUGUUGAACCGCUUGCUUUUAGUUUUAGGGAACCUUGUUUUUGCCUGUUUUUACUGAUUCUUCAAGACUUUGACUUUGUCCAAAAUUGUCCAUUUGCGUAAGAUGCCUGGUAAUUUGAAGAUUUUAAGGACACCCUGUUUCUUGAUAGCUUCCACAAGACUCUCUAAAAAUCUAAUUCUAAAGAAUAAUCUAAAAAGGGUAAAACAACUAAACUUUGGGACUUUGUUUUAAACUUUUAGGUUGUUAAUUUUAAGGUCUUUGAGGAAACCCAGCAUCUUCAAGACUCCUUGUAAAACAUCCAGUCUUUUAAAGACACUGAGGACAACCUUUCACGAGACUCUGUCAUCUAAAGACUUUAAGGACACUCUGUUUUUCAUAUGUGGUCAAUUUUUAAGUGUAUGACCACAUCUUUGGAUUACUUGUUUAAGACAGAUGUCAAAUUCUUUGUGGACACGUUCUUUUUAUCUAGAUAAUUUCUUAAAAAACUUCAGAAUUGUCCAUUUGUCUAAGAUGUCAGAUUUGGUAGCUUCUCCAAGACUCUUUCCAUUUUCCUGUCUGUGUAAAACAUCCAGUUUUUUUUUAAGACGUUGAGGACAACCUGUCCAAAUUUUGUAUGAACCCCCUUUAAAUUGUGACUUCAGGAUUGUCCAUUUGUUUAAGACAUGGGAAUUCUUUGAAUCUUUUUGAGGACACAUUGAUUUGAAAGCUUACUCAAGACAUUUUAAAUUCAAGAUCGUCUCAUUUGUGUAAGAUACUGGAAAUUUUGUAGGGACACUCUGUCCACUCCGUCCAUUGUCCCAUCUAUGUAAAACAUCCAAUCUUCUAAAGACGUUGAAGCCCCUUUUUUUUUUUUUUUUUUGCUAUUAAGACUGUGACUUCAGGAUUGUCCAUUUGUUUAAGACAGGAUUUCUUUAAAGCCUUUUGAGGACACGAUAAUUGGACACUUUCCUCAAGACUCUGUCCAUGUUUUGGUAGCUUGUUUUCAUCUAUAUAAGACAUUACCCUUUUUUUAAAGACUUUGAGGACAUUGGACAGUUUCUUCAAGACCAAUGUGAAAAAUAUCUAAUCAUCUAGUCAUCAAGUUACCUGAUGUCCCCUUUUUGACUGUUACUUUAAAUCUGUGAUUUUAAGGUUGUCCCUUUUUUGAAGUCUUUGAGGACGUCCAAUUUUGUUAGCAUCUUCAAGACUCAAGACUGUCAAUUAAAUCAUCUGUGUGAAACAUCCAAUCUUCUAUAGACGUUGAGGACAACCUGUUUUUGCCUGUUGUCCAAAUUCCAUGUCCACCUUUUGGAUAAAAUCUUUGAGGACACCUUGAUUUGGUAUUGUCUUCUCAUCUACAUAAGACAUCCAAUUUUCUAAAGACUUUUUCUAAAGAAAAGUUCACGAUGAGUCACUGUCAGGUCUUGCUUUGUAACCGUAAGCCUUUGGACAUAAGUUUGAACGUCCCAAUGUCCCCCGAAGCCUGUCCUCUGAGUGCGGCUCAGAUUGCAGUAUGCAGGCUGGUCCAUCGGGGUCCCAGACCCCAGUCCACCUUAAAACCCAUCCGGACAGAGCUGGGGGUCUACGUGGAGAAGAGUCGCGCUAAACGGAAACACAGGAUGGAGGCGUCGUGUCUGGAGCUGGCGUUAGAGGGGGAGAGGCUGUGUAAAGCCGGAGAUUUUAAAGGUGGAACAGCGUUCUUCGAGGCUGCAGUUCAGGUGGGAACUGAAGACCUGAAGACCCUCAGUGCCAUUUACAGCCAGCUGGGCAACGCUUACUUCUACCUCAAAGAGUACGGCAAGGCUCUGGAGUACCACCGACACGAUCUCACCCUGGCCAGGACAAUAGGAGACAGGAUUGGGGAGGGGAAGGCCAGUGGAAACCUGGGUAACACUCUGAAAGUGCUGGGACGCUACGAUGAAGCGGCUGUGUGCUGCCAGAGACACCUGGACAUCUCCCAGGAGCAAGGAGACAAGGUGGGAGAGGCCCGGGCUCUGUAUAAUAUUGGGAAUGUAUUUCAUGCUAAAGGGAAGCAGCAGUUGUGGGGCUGCUCUCAGGAGCCUGGAGAUCUGCCGGCCGACGUCCGGGACACCCUGCAGAGAGCCACGGCCUUCUACGAGAUGAAUCUCUCGCUGGUGAAGGAACUGGGGGACCGGGCGGCUCAGGGACGAGCUUUCGGUAACCUUGGCAACACCCACUACCUGCUGGGUAAUUUUGUGGAGGCCAUCAAGUUCCACCGGGAGAGACUCUCCAUCGCUAAGGAAUUUGGUGAUAAAGCAGCGGAGAGAAGAGCCUACAGCAACCUGGGAAACGCUCUGAUCUUCCUCGGCCAGUUCAACUCCGCCACAGAGUACUACAGGAAGACGCUGCAGUUGUCUCGGCAGCUGAAGGAUCAGGUGAUGGAGGCUCAGGCCUGCUACAGUCUGGGGAACACCUACACCCUGCUGCAGCAGUACGACCGCACCAUCGACUACCACCUUAAACACCUGCUCAUCGCCCAGGAGCUCAACGACAGGGUUGGAGAAGGUCGAGCAUGCUGGAGUCUGGGAAACGCCUACGUGUCUUUAGGAAACCACCGGCAGGCCCUGCACUACGCCCGUAAACACCUCGACAUCUCCAGAGAGAUUGGAGACAGGAACGGGGAGCUGACGGCCAGGAUGAACGUGGAGCAGCUGAUGGAGGCUCUGGGCGUGAAGGAGGGAGAUCUUUCUCCAUGUGGUUCAGAGUUUGAGAUGCAGGGAGCUCGACCAAAGUUCACUAAGAGGAACAGCAUGGACAGUGUGGAGCUCUGGAAGUACAGUUCAGAAAAGAAUGGAGACGGGCAGGACAUGGACAGCAUGUCCAGGAAGUCUAAGAGUCAGCUGUCUCAGUCCAGCCGGAGGAAAGGAUACUCAGACAGCCAAUCAUCAGACGACAGGCAGUGGCUGGACUCACCUGUGGACACGGAUGACAUCACUGUGCAGGUCCCGCCCCCGAAGUUGGGUCGAGACCCCUCCGAUGAGGACUGCUUCUUCGAUCUACUCAGCAAGUUCCAGAGCAGCCGCAUGGACGACCAGCGCUGCCACCUCGACGAUGGCGCUAACGGACAGGACGAGGACAGCCCCUCCAGAGACUCCGCCCUCAACGACAUGCUCGAUGCCAGCCUCCUCACUUCCCCUCAGACGGAGGAGCUGUUUGAUCUGAUCGCCAGCUCUCAGAGCAGGCGGCUGGACGACCAGCGGGUGAACGUGGGGAACCUGCCGGGUCUGAGGAUCACCCACAACAACCUGGGCACCCUCUGCUCUGACCCCGACCCUCAGGAGCCCAGCGACGACUUCUUCAACAUGCUCAUCAAGUGCCAGUCCUCCAGAAUCGACGACCAGCGCUGCUCUCCUCCUGAAGGUGGUCCCCGGGCCCCCACGGUCCCAGAUGAAGACUUCUUCAGCCUCAUCCAGAGGGUCCAGGCCAAGCGGAUGGACGAACAGCGCGUCCAGCUGCCGUCUGACAACCAGAGCGACCAGCAAGACGAUGAGGAUCCUUCUGCUGGAGACUCCAGCUAAACCUUCACCAUACGAGGGACUAAAAGAGUCACGGGGGAAAGUUAAGAAAGAGAGAACUGAGCCUAAAACUUCAAACCGCAGGACCAGAUGAUGUCCUGGCUUUACAAUCGCGUCUACGUUCUCUUGGGAUCCUGAGAAGAACCUUAACGUUUGUUCCACCAAGACCGUGAAGUGCAUUUGCCAACUUUGAGUGCACACCAGGUGCCAUUUUCCUCAAUGUCCUGGUGAUCAAAUAGCAUUGAGUGUUAGCGUUAGCAUUGAGCCUCACUUCAGAACUGGGUGCACUGUAUGUACUAAACGCACCUUACGUGGUUUAAUUAGCCACAAAUGACCAGCAGCUAAUGCUCAGAUGCUAACGCCCAUGCCCCACUAGGCUCCUCUUUUUUGGGCUGGGCUAGUACAACAGUGGGGACUAGCUAGCGGCUAAGAGCUAGCAGCUAGCAGCUGACUUUUGUGAUCUAGCCAACUUUUCAGAUUCAUCGCUAUUGCUAAAGUCUCCAAACAGAAGCCAAAAGUUCCAAAUGAAAGGACUUUUGUUAUAUUCCUCUUGCGUAUACUGCCUUAAUUCAGUUCCUGGACUCCGAUUGUAUUCUCUAGUGUUGGGUACUCUCUUUGUGAGUGUUUUUCACAAAUUUCACGGAAGCUUAAACCUCUGGGGUUGACCAAUGCGCUAGCAUAAAAAAUUAUGUUUCUUGAUGUUUUUAAUCGAUAUAUUUGCGAUAAAACUGCACAGAUAAGGGGUUAAACACUAUGGCCCAAUAUCCUAUGUUCAAAUCCCUGGUCGUGCUACUCUGGCAUCAGCGGCCAGAGCCUGAGAGAGAGUACAGUUGGUCUCAGAUGGUCUCUCUUGGUGGGUACAGUAGGUGGCGCUCUAACUGCCCAAGUUAAAUUGAGGAGAAAAUGCUAAAAGACUUAGCACUCAGGUUUAGCAAGUUGGGAAGCAGGUUAGCCUUAAUGCUAAUAGACAGUGUCUUCACAGUUAGAGUCACAAUGUUAACAGAUACAGCAGCUAGGAUUUAAAGAUUUGAAGCCGUGUAGCCGCAAUGCUAAUAGUCAGCCUUUUUAAAGUCGGAGCUGCCAUGCUAACAGCUGACCUUAGCAGGGUUGGAGUGAUUGCUAAUAGCCAAGCUUUUUUAGGGCUGGAUCUGUAAUGUUAACAGACACAGCUAGCCACAUCGCUAACAGUAGGGAUAUUUGAAGAUGGUUAGCCAAGAUGCUACAAGCUGGCUUCAGCAGAGUUGACACAGGAACAACAACCAAUCGUAGCAGCCUGUUCAGGGUUGGAGCCAUGAUGCUAGUAGACACGGCAGCCAGGCAACGAAAGGUUUGAAAUGGGUUAGCCUCAAUGCUAACAAAGACAACAGCUGGGCUCAGAGGAUUUGAAGCUGUAUGGCCGUGAUGCUAACAUUCGGGCUCAACAGGGUUGGAACAGAUUAGCCUCACUGCUAACACCCAGCCUCUUUAGAGUUUGAAGCCCUGAUGCUAACAGACACAGUUUUGUAACAGAUGUUUGUAACAGGUUAGCCGUGAUGCUAAAAGCUAGUUUUGUAAGAUUGCAAGAGUAUGAGCUGCUGCGCUAACAGACCAUUAUCAGGGCUCGGAAGGUUUGGAGCUGGUUUGCCGUAAUGCUAACACUCAGGCUCAGCAGGGUUAGGAGCUGGUUAGCCAUGAUGCUAACACUCACACUCAGCAGGGUUGGGAACUGGUUAGCUGUGAUGCUAACAGUCUCACAUUUAGAAGGGUUGGGAGCUGGUUAGUCAUGGUGCUAACACUCUCAUUCAGCAGGGUUGGGAGCUGGUUAGCCAUGAUGGGGCAUAUUAGCCACAAUGCUAAUGCACAAUGCUAAUGUUCAGCGUUAAAGCAGAGCACCAAAGCUACAAUGCUAACAGCUGGCCUCGGCAUACCUAUAGUCACGAUGCUAUCAGGAAAGGGCUUGGAAGAUUUGGGGUGGGUUAGCCACUAUGCUAACAGGCGACCCCAGCAGGGAUGGAAUGGACGAACAGGAAAAGGGGGGCGUGGCUUAAUAGUAAGCAUGCUUUAGUGCGACAUCUACUGCUCCUUUAAAUCAGUUAACAAUUAUAUAGCCAUGAUGCUAACGUUCUUGCUCAGCAGGGUUGGAAGGUGGUUAGCCAUGAUGCUAACACUCGCACUCAGCAGGUUUGGGAGCUUGUUAGCUGUGAUGCUAACUCUCUUGCUUAGCAGGAUUCGGAGCUGGUUAGCCGUGAUGCUAACACUCACACUCAGCAGGUUUGGGAUCUAGUUAGCUGCGAUGCUAACACUCUGGUUUAGCAGGUUUUGAAGCUGGCUAGCUGUGAUGCUAACACCAGUAAUACUCAACUCUGAACGGCAAAAGAGCUAGCAUUUAGCACGAUUAGCGGGUAAUGCUAAUGCUGCUCCAGCAGUGCUAGCCAGGGUUUGCAGCAAGCUACAGGCCGAUAAUACUCAACUCUAAUCGGCAAAAGAGCUAGAGCUUAGAGCGGUUAGCAUGCUAAUGCUAAAACUGCUGGAGAACUAAACUGAAACUUCUUUACCUUAGCUUAUAAUUAUAUUAUAUUUUUGGGAAAAUUAAAGGAUUUUAAGUGCGCCAUAUAGUGGAAAAAUACGGUAAAUCUAUAGUCAACUAUAUUUUCAGCUGUUUUAUCGCAAAUAUAUGAAUUAAAACAUCACAAAAACGUUGAAUUUCACACGUCAGCACAUUCAUUACCCCCAGAGGUUUAACUGAGUUAAAGUCUGGAGGACAGUGUUAGUAUUCCGGAGGGCGUGGCAUGUUGAGUCUCAGUGUUAGGUAGCUGCUAUCUUUACCCUUUUUUACCCCGGAAUACAUUUCUAACUCUACAUCGUUGUUUAUCGUAUUGUUCAUUAUUUACCAGAUGCCAUUGUUGUAAAGAAAAUGAAAAAAAAAAAAAAAAAAAGAAACAUCUUUCCGAAUAGGGCUGUACUUUUUUCUGCUUUCAUGUACUUUUUUGUUUUAAUGUUAAGGCUCAUAUUUUUGACCAGUUUAAUAUAAAAAAAAAUGUGUAUUUAUUGCUAUGCUUGAAAAAAUAAGACUGACUUUAGCAAAGACUGUGAAAAAAGUAAAAGUAAUCAGCGUUUUUAUUAAAUCCAUUAAUUUGUGCAAAUUCUGGCGUAAUAAACUAAAAAUAUCAUAUAAAACAAGAAAUAUAAGAAAAACAGUUCCUGUACAAUGAAAAAAAAAAAAAAUAAGAGAGCACAUCAGUUUCUAAACCAGUUUCUCUGAUUUUGCUAUUUAUAGGUUUAUAUUUGAGUAAAAUGAACAUUGUUGUUUUAUUCUAUAAACUACAGACAACAUUUCUCCCAAAUUCCACAUAGAAAUAUUGUUAUUUAGAUCAUUUAUUU